AUGACGGACACUAUCACGGACACUAUCACGGACACUGUCACGGACACCGUCACGGACAUAAUCACUGACGUUCUCACGGACACUAUCACGGAUACCACUACGGAAACUACUACGGAUACUACUACGGAAACUACUACGGAUACUACUACAGUCACGACGACUGAUACAGUCACUACACCGACGACCAUCACUGUAGCGCCGAAUCCCUGUCCGACCACUUGCAGCAUUACCUCCCCUUCGGUAUACAUGGUUGUUAACACCAUCUAUGGCACCAACACCGCUGGUCGCGCCGGGCCCUCUGGCACUAGCUUGGUAUUCCCUCUCGACCUGAACCAGGUCUCGACCAUCGAUCUCGUCAAUUCAGCUACGCGACAGCUUACCUUGAAUGACCUUGGCACAGAUUGUCCACAGACGGAAGAUCCCUCAGUGAUCGCGACGGCGGCACCUAAUGGCAGGUGUGAUCCUAUCCUUGUGGCUCCAGAGCCCGUCAAAUCUUGGGCUUCACCUUGCAAUGCAUGUGGUCAAUUCGGACUGUUCGACCCCCCCUAUGCCGUCGCGCCACUCACUGGAGGUCUGGUGCCGGUGACGACGACUGUUGCGAUGACCCAGCCAGAGACACACAGUACCCCAAUCGCGACUUCUGCCACAGAUACUACCGCCACGCCGAUAGACACCACUACGGUAGCGGUCACUACAGAGUCCACUUCCUCCAGUACAGAGCCUACUUCGCCCGUGACAGAAACCUCUUCCUCUGAGGUUGACGUUACUUCUUCCAACGUGAUGCCAACUACCGCAUCAUCCAGUACUAGCCAGGCUACUGUUUCGUCAUCAUCCAGUACUAGCCAGACUGCUGUUUCGUCAUCAUCCAGUACUAGCCAGACUGCUGUUUCGUCAUCAUCCAGUACUAGCCAGACUGCUGUUUCGCCAUCAUCCUCCGGCUCCGUCUCCAAUCCAGCUACUACUUCUCCGGCGUUCAAUUCUGCGACCAAAGAAAGUGGACGUGGCGCAUGGCUGGGUUUGAGUCUCUUCGCGUUGGCAUUCUUGCUAUAA